AUCGUCGGUGCCAAUAGCAGCAGCGCUAUCUAAUUAAACUCCUUCCGCGUAAUCCUAACCCCCCCCAUUUAAAUCCACUCUAUCGGCACACAUCCCUUAAACCCACAGCUCUCCUCCUGUCUUCUGUCCGCGCUGCUGUCCCGGUCUGUGCCUGUGGAGGAGGGCGAGGAGCGCAGCGGCUGGCUGCACGGUGACAUGCUCUGCAGGCUUCAGCUGCUGUAGCUCCGCUCACUUUCAUAUACUGGGACCUUUUUUCUUUUGUUUUUCUGCAUGUGUGUCAGUUUUUUUUGUGUGUGUAAACAAUAAGGAGAUCUGGUUAGAGAUUAUUAUUUUUAUUAUUAAAUCCAGUCCCGGAGGAAAGCGUCCAGUGCGAGCCGAGCAUCCACCGCAUCUCCAUCCACUCAGCAGGGGAAGACCCUUCACAACCGGUGUGGAAAGCGGCCUGGAUUCCACAAUAGACGGCAUUGUUGUCCAGUGAAAGGACCGUUAAGAACGUUCCCGUUGCAAUGGGGAAACAGAACAGCAAGCUGCGGCCAGAGAUGCUGCAGGAUCUCAGGGAGAACACAGAGUUCUCCGACCACGAGCUACAGGAGUGGUACAAGGGUUUCUUGAAGGAUUGCCCCAGCGGAACCUUGAAUGUGGAGGAGUUUAAAAAGAUCUAUGCCAAUUUCUUCCCCUACGGAGAUGCGUCCAAAUUCGCCGAGCACGUCUUCCGGACCUUUGACACCAACGGAGACGGGACGAUAGACUUCCGGGAGUUCAUCAUCGCCUUGAGCGUCACGUCACGAGGGAAGCUGGAGCAGAAGCUGAAAUGGGCUUUCAGUAUGUAUGACCUGGAUGGAAACGGAUACAUCAGCCGUGAGGAGAUGCUGGAGAUUGUACAGGCCAUCUACAAGAUGGUGUCAUCUGUGAUGAAGAUGCCAGAAGAUGAAUCUACGCCAGAGAAGAGGACGGAUAAGAUCUUCAGACAAAUGGACCUCAAUAAUGAUGGUAAAUUGUCCCUGGAGGAGUUUAUCAAAGGUGCCAAAAGCGACCCGUCCAUCGUCCGGCUACUCCAGUGCGACCCCAGCUCCGCUUCGCAGUUCUAAACCCCCCCCUGCCUGUUUUUAUUUGCCUCCGUCGCUAUUCAGAACGUCCCUGAAAUCAAUGCAUGAUGGCUCACAUCUCUCAUCUGUUUAGUUCCUGUUUAGCGGAGAGGUUGAGGAGAGUAGGAAUUUCAUUUUACUUCUGUAUUUUUGGAAGAAUAAAGGGACGUGUUUUGGGUAGGUUUUAACGCUGGAUCCAGGAGGCGCCUGCCGCUGUUCUCCACCGAACAUGACCCUGUUUCACGGCGCGGAUGCUUUCUGCUGCAUGCAGAGGCCCUCGGUUUCACCUCGGAAAGCACGUGUAUAUCAUGUAGAUACUGUAUGUCUGUAUAUCAUGAGAUCCGGUCAGUUUAUUUUCAGGCACCGUGUGGGAAACACUCUGAAAGGCAGUAUUAUGUAGCGUUUGCUUCCUGUUCUGAUCUCAGUGGGAGUUUUAGGGUUGGUGGGAUUUUAUUGCUGUAUGAUCUUUCGCUGUGAAAAAGAAGGCCUAAGAUCCCUUUUGAUUUAUUUUUGUUAAUAUCUACUGAUGUUUUUUCCUUUUUUUUUAUUUUUUUUCCCCCUCAUUUGUACAUACAUUUUUCACGUGAUUUUAUUUAUUCAUUUUUACUCUCAAUGUGCUUUUACUUUGAUAAGUUGACUGUAUUCCAGUUUACAGUAGCUGUGAGAGUGACCGGUGUGAUUUUAACGAAUUUGCUCAAAGUGAAGGAUAAGAAGGUCUCGUGAUGCAUUUCGAUCAACAGCACCGGUAGCACAUAUCGUUUUAUCGCCGCCAUGUUUUCACAG